UCCUGGUAGUUGAGGGGCAACAUAACGUCCCCAACACACUGCUUUGGCCCCUGCUUUGGAUAAACGGGAGGCUCAAAUCAGGCUCCGUUUGAGUCAAUCGGCUGGUCGUUGAGUCGUUCUUGACCUCGACUUGGAGUCAACUGAUCGAUGCAGACCGGGCGGACACAUCAGUCUAGAUGUGCUCUUCUUGACUGCAUUGUGAGGGUAUAGCUCCUGGGAAACCCUGGUGUGACGGUCUAUGGGAAUCUCUCAUGUGACGGCAUCCCCUUGUUGGGCCCCAUGGAGGGUGGGGUCACUGGGAGCUGAAUUAAUAUUACAUAAUCAUGGAUCAUCAAAAAACCAAAACUACAGACAAUGCUACAAAGAAACAAAUCAUUUCCAGUCAGCCAACCUACUUCAUAGUCCAUGCUACUGGACAAACACCUCUAUCAAAAUGUUCUCCUUUUCUGAUCCAGAAACUGUUUGAAUCUACAGUUGGAAAUUUGAAAAAAAUACAAAAAUUGAGGUCAGGAGAUCUGCUUCUAGAAACAACCUCACCUCAACAAUCUGCAAAACUUUUGGCAAUUAAGACACUUGGAGAUAUAGAGGUAACUGUCACCCCACAUGGAAGUCUAAACUCAUCACGUGGUGUGAUAUCAGAGAUCGAUCUGAUGUCUGAGGAUGAAUCAGAUAUUCAGAUCGGCCUUGCUGAUCAAGGUGUAACUGCCGUUCGACGCAUCUCCAUUCGUCGAGAUGGCAAGUUAAUUGCUACCAAACACUUAAUUUUAACGUUUAACAAAUCGACAUUGCCAUCUUUCAUUACUGCAGGAUAUCUGCGCUGUCCAGUCCGCCCCUACGUUCCAAAUCCGCUGCGCUGCUUCAAAUGCCAGCGGUUUGGACAUUCACAGACAUCCUGCCGAGGCAAAAGCGUAUGCGCACAGUGUGGGAGUGAAGACCACGUUAGUACUGAAUGUAAAAGUACCCCAUGCUGUGUGAACUGUAGAGACACCCAUCCUUCCUACUCUCGGAAAUGCCCUGCAUGGCAGAGAGAAAAAGAGGUUCAACGAUUAAAAACCAUAAAUAAUAUAUCAUACACAGAGGCCCGUCGUAUGGUCACCCAAAGUUUACCAACAAAACAAAAAACCUUUGCUGCUGUGUUGAAAUCUACCAAGACAUGUGGGGUUCAAACAGAUAUUUCUGUAUCCCCAAGUGAAUCUCUUACUCGCCAUGCAAAAUGCUUAUUGAUUCCAUCUGCACAAUCAGAAGAAAAGGAGAACACAAAGACCAAAACCUCUGUAACUAAAAUGGGAGUAACAACCAGAAAUGUGGGUUCUAAAAAACCCAGUAAGAACCCACUUAACAAACAAAGAGUGAAAGCAGCCCUCUCUAAAGUCUCAAAAAAAUCAGAAGCUCAAUCUAUGAAUGAGUUUUCUGACAUAUCUGAUGAAGAGCCUUAUAUGGAGGUUUCAAAACCAAAGUCACCUUCAAAAGAGAAACCGCCUGUUAAACUAAAGAGGGAUACCCUCGCAAAAAAUGCUGCCUCAAACACAUAAUUGAUUAUAAAAUAAUCCAAUGGAACUGUCUUGGUUUCUGCAACAACUUCUCUGACAUUAAACACUUGACAUCAUCUACCUCAUCUUUCUGUGUGGCACUCCAGGAAACCCAUCUAAAAGCUGGAGAAAAUAUUUCUUUAGAAAGAUUCAACCUUUAUCGCAAAGAUGAAGAUAGCCACAAUUGUGCCAGUGGGGGUGUGGCUAUUCUGAUUUCAAAUUACAUCCCAUCCUUACUGAUACAAAUAACCACUGAUUUGCAAGCUGUGGCAGUCAAAAUUUCAAUUGGCGUAACUGUCACAGUUUGUUCUAUAUACUUGCCACCAGAUGUCAGAGCCAAUGAGGAUGAUUUGGACGCAUUAGUUGAACAGCUGCCAACUCUGUUCCUGUUACUCGGUGAUUUCAAUGGUC